AUGUUUUCGCUCUAUUCAUUUAACUAUCAGACAGUUGAACAUUGGAGAUAUUUAAGACAAGAAAAAUUUACACAUAAACCAUCAUAUUUUGGUUAUUCAUUAGCUGUUCAUCGAUCAAGUUUACUUGUCGGUGCACCUCGUGAUCAUUCUCCACAUGAUAUUAUACCAAGACGUGGUGCUGUAUGGAAAUGUCAAUUUCAUUCAGAUACAAUUUGUCAGCGUAUGCCCUUUCGUCGUAAUGGUGAAGCAAAUGUUCGUGUUGGAACAUCAUAUGAUAAUAAAACAAAUCAAUGGUUAGGUGCUUCAUUAGCAGCUAAUGAUGGACAUGUAAUAGCAGGUGCACCAUUUCUUAAACAUCGUAUAAAUGAUGGACAGAAUCUUGAAUAUGAAAUACCAGGUGGUGCACUUAUUGGAAAAUAUGGUACAUCCUUAUCAAUGCUGGAUGAUACACAAAUAUUUUCUCCAUCAUUUCUCAAUUGGCAUUCUCGAAAUUAUAAUCAAGAAGGUUAUGGUGAAUUUGGUUUUCAAGUAGCACUGAGUGAAAAACCUGAGCGUAUUAUUAUAACAGCACCAGGAUCAUUUUAUUUUCGAGGAGGCAUACAUUCAAUUCCAAUACUUGAAAAAAAUUGGAUUGAUACAAGACAUCCAUUUACUUCUCCACAUUAUCAAUGGCGUGAUGCUGGUUGGCUUCGAUAUCCAUCAAAUUAUUCAUCAAAUGAAUAUGAUGAUUGGUGCUAUCGAGGUUACGCAUUAGCCGUAGGAAAUUUUAAUAAUGAUGAUAAUCAAGAAAUUGUUGUUAGCAUACCAAAAUUAGAUAAUUAUCGUGGAGCAAUUGAAAUCAUGAACAGUAACCUUGAUGAAUAUUCUAUUCGAACAUUAAAUGGUUCACAAAUGGGUGAAUAUUUUGGUUCAUCAUUAUGUGUUGUUGAUAUUAAUAAUGAUGGACUUGAUGAUUUAUUAGUCGGUGCACCUUUCUAUACAGUAAAAAAAGAUGGUCGAAUUAUAGCAGAUGCUGGUCGAGUUGAUAUAUUUUAUCAAACAGCUGAGCAUAAUCUUAUAAGAAAACAAAGUAUUGAAGGAACACGAGAAGGAGGUCGAUUAGGACAUGCAUUAGCAAAUUUAGGUGAUUUUGAUAAAGAUGGUUAUAAUGAUGUAGCUAUUUCAAUUCCAUUUGGUAAUCAUGAUUCAUCUAAUAUGGUACAUAUUUAUCGUGGAUCAAAAGAUGGACUUAUUUUAACACCAUCACAAAUACUUCGAAUAUCAUCGUUAAAAGGUUUUGGUUGGGCAUUACGAGGUCAAUUUGAUUAUGAUAACAAUGGUUAUUUAGAUUUAGCUGUAAGCAGUAUCCACUCGGAAACCGUUGCUAUCAUUUUAGCACGACCUGUAUUACGUUUACAAACAAAAUUACAUCAUAGUUCACCAACAAUUCCACUUAAUUGUACAUUACGUAGUGAUGAUGCAUGUUUUAUUUUAACUGUAUGUAUUUAUCUUCAUGAUUCGAAAUAUCAACCUUCGAAACGUGAUACAUUAACAUAUGAAGUACAACUUGAUAAAGAUAAAGAUCAAGCUGAUAAACGAUUAUUAUUUCGUGAAUCAUACAGACCAUUUAAAAAACGACAAUUAAAAUUAUCAAAUCGUCUUUGUCAUGAUUAUUCGUUAUAUAUAAAAGAAGAUGUUAGGGAUAAACUAAAACCAAUUCGUAUACAUAUUGAUUAUUCUAUUUCAUCAAAGUCAGAUGCAAAUAUUGUUCCACCAAUACUUGAUCCUGCAAAUUCCUCAUAUGACUAUAACAUUCCAAUACAAAAAGAUUGCGGUUCAGAUGAUAUAUGUAUACCUAAUCUUCAAAUAUCAACAGCAAAGUGGCCAGAUAAUUAUAAAAUUGGUUUAACCAAAAAAAUUCUUCUUGAUAUCAAUGUUAUUAAUACGGGAGAGAAUGCAUAUGAUACUCGAUGUUUUAUACAAUUACCGACGGGAGUUGAAUAUGUUAGUUCAAAUUCAAGUUCAAUUAUGAAUCUUUAUUGUAAUUUAAUGAAACAAUCUGAUCAUAUUAUUGUUUGUCAACUUGGUAAUCCACUUUUGGCUAAUGGAAAUAUAUCAUUACAAAUUCAUACAGCGGUGAAAAACUAUUCAGCUAUAGAAUCAGAUCCACUUGUAUUUUUGAUUAAUGUUACAAGUGAUAAUCCAAAUUCAACAAAAUUAACAACAGAAAUUAUAAUACCAAUAUCUAGUUCACCAGAAUUAGUCUUAAUUGGUGUUGCUAAACCAGAACAAAUAGUCUUUGAUACGCCAGAUCAAACUUUUGUCAGACAUACUACUAUUUCAAAAACAGAUGAUCUAGAAAUUGUUCAUACAUAUACAUUACAUAACAAAGGACCAAGUGACGCAAAACGUACAGAAGUUAAAUUUAUGUGGCCUAUGCUUCCAUUAACUGGAUUUAAUGAGCAAACAUCAUUGUUAUAUGGAAUUGAUCUUCCAAAUAUUAUUCGAGUAUCAGAUCCAAAAGCAAAUAAAGAUCGUUGUCAUAUCUAUCAUUCAUCUACAUAUCAAAUUCCUCGUGUAGAAAAUGAACGUAGUAAAUUUCCUUCUUUUUUCGAAAAAUUUCGUCCAACAAUGACAAAUAGUUUUAUUUUACAAGAACAAUCUUCAACUGAUCGAUCUCAAGGAUCGUCAUUACCAAUUUAUUGUCAUGGACCAUUAUGCAAAACGUUUAUUUGUUAUAUUGAUACAUUACCUAUUGGUCAUAGUGUUUUGAUACAAUUAAAAGCUACUUUACGAUAUAAUCAUUUCCAAUCAAAAUUGGAUCGUUCGAAACCUUUUAUUAUUGUUUCAAAUGCAAGUGCACAAGUACGAGAAAUACCAUUGAAGUUUUCAACUACAAAAUUUCAACAACAACCAACUGUUGAAUUAAAGGUAUUGUUUUUUUUUAAAGGUUUACAAUAA